UAUAGGCCACUGGAAUCCCGGGUUCGGGCCUUAGCGCACCGGCGGUGUUACUCCUUCGAAUAGGGGUUCGUGGGGUCACGGGACAGGGCCUCAUGGAGGCCGCUAGCACGGACACCUGCGAAAAAGGGGCCGAGGUGUUGGCGGCCGAGGGGUUGCCGGUGCCCAAGGCGAGGGUACACUUCGAAGUUACGAAGUUCAUCAUGGAGGCAGGUAUCAAGCUAGGAAUGCGGUCCAUUCCCAUAGCCACUGCAUGCACCAUUUACCAUAAGUUCUUUGGCGAGGUCAACUUGGAUGCUUAUGACCCUUACCUGGUUGCCAUAUCUUCCAUCUACUUGGCUGGCAAAGUGGAGGAGCAGCACCUGCGUACUCGGGACAUCAUCAACGUGUCCAACAGGCAUUUUAACCCGGGCAGCAAGCCCUUGGAACUGAACUCACGAUUCUGGGCGCUCCGAGACAGCAUCGUGCAAUGUGAACUCCUUAUAUUGAGAGUUCUGCGCUUCCAGGUCUCCUUCCAGCAUCCACACAAGUACCUGCUUCACUACCUGAUAUCCCUGAAGAACUGGCUGAAUCGUUACACCUGGCAGCGGACUCCCAUCUCUGUCACAGCCUGGGCGCUGCUGCGGGAUAGCUACCAUGGAGGGCUGUGCCUCCGAUUCCAGGCUCAGCACCUAGCUGUGGCAGUGCUCUACCUGGCUCUACAUAUCUAUGGAGUUGAGGUGCCUGCUGAGUCCGAGAGUGAAAAGCCAUGGUGGCAGGUGCUUAGUGACGACCUUACCAAGCCAAUCAUUGAUAAUAUUGUGUCUGAUCUCAUUCAGAUUUAUUCCAUGGACACAGGGAUCCCCUAGCCCUGGCCCAGGCCUGCCCAAAGAGAAGCCAGGAUGGUCGGCUGCCUGGGGAUGGUGCCGCUAUGUUGCUGUGACGGCCAGUCCUGGG